AUGUCCAUCGCGACCGCAGUAACAUCACCAAUCUACUUUCCGAUCCUCACAACACAGUAUCCUACUUUGGUUCUACAGAUCCUUAGUUCUCGAACUGAGCCUACUGUCAUCACGAAUGUUACACGUAAGCAGCGGCCAAGACUUCAACUUAUGUUUCCAGCCGACUAUACGCCCCCAACUGCGAUAUCUGGAGAUCAACCAUGUGAUGGGUUACUUCUUCAGCUGAACCCUCAGGGCAACAACGGACGAGCAAAAUGCACAGUUCGUGUCUCAAAACCAGCUACUUCAUCAGCCCGCAUCAUUCAGUAUACAAUGAAUUUUCAGUUCUAUGGCACAAUUCACGAUCUGUUUAAUGCUGCAAGGGAUGUGUUUGGCGAGGGUAAUCAGACGUUUAGAUACCGUUUGUCUAAUGGACGUUUGCAUGGUGGAAGAGAUUUCUGGCUUCAAGUCCUGAUCAAAUGCUAUCACCGACAAUUGAUCUAUCCAACAAACACCGAAGGAGAUCGCUACUUUUGGUCUCCAUUUGAGUAUGAAUGGGCUCGUAGCGACGCUGUUAACCGCCGAGAUAUCAAAAAAGGCCAGCAUCCCGAUAAGGCAAGCUGA